AUGGAGAGGUAUGGGUUAUUUAUAGAAGGAAACAACGGAUUCAAAAAUAGCCCCGAAGCUGGAAAUAAUAAAGGCGUACUGGCUAUAAAGGCCUCCUUAUCUAGAGUGCAACCAACUGGGAAGCGUGCAAUAGAGCUAACAAACAAACAAGAGGAACUAUCCAACGGGGACCUGACACAUGGGCAAAAUAAAAAUAAGAAAAAUAAACUGUUGAAGCUGGGAGUGAAUGGACUCCGCUGGGGGUUCUCUAUAUAUACUCCUCGCUAUUUCUGUACCGUCCAGACGGCUCGUCUGCCUCAGACGUCUUACAAUUUCAAUAGUUUCAUAAUAGCUCUCUAUAACCCUGUCGUUGGGGAUCGGCCGCUCUUCAACAGAUAG